UUCAAGCUCUAAACACGCCUCUUCUGCUUAGACGAGGGAAGCGGAAAUGUAGCCCUGUCGCAAGUGGCAGUCAGUGCGCAUGCUUCUGCGGGAACUGAAAGUGAGAACUUUAUCUUUGAAGACCUGGUAGGAAGAGGCAUGGCUGAUGAAGGGAUUUCUUAAGUGUGAAAGGCGUUUGGCAUAAUAAAACAUUGUGGCUCUUUGAAACCUAUCUGGCUUUCCCUGCUUAAUAUGCAGCAAGACUGAAAAUGGACAGCCUUCAAGUCUAUCCUGACUUAUGGUGACCCUAUGAAUAGGGUUUUCAUGAACCUUGUCGAAGCAGCAGAUGGCUAAGGGCCAGAGGGCAAUGAGUUGAUUCAGGAGUUUGCUGGGCCAACCCAGUCUAGGAUUUCUAACCAGUGGAUAAGAAUGGCUGAGCCAUUCCCUCGGCUGCUCAUUGCUGCAGCCCGCCAUCACCUUCGAAUUGGCAAGAAGAAAGUCUUAUCCCGCUCUGCCUCCUUGAACCUGGCUGGGGAGAUACUGGCUGUAGCUGCUGGCUUGAAACCAGCUUUUCUGUACGAUUACAAUUCAGCUGGGACUUCUCAGAUCUUGAGCUACGUUCAGCAGCUUCAGGCUAUCAAUCUGCUUGGAUGCCGGCUACACAUUCUGAGCAUAGCUGAAAGUGUUCUGAUUGUCAAUUUAGGAAAGAUGCUACUGUGGUUGGAGACAAUCCUGCUUAAGGAUAACGUCCCCUUCAUUGACGUUUCUGCUUCCAGAACAUGCCCUAGCCUUUGUGACUCAGAAGAUGUGGGUCUCAUAAAAGACCAUCUAUCAGAAAUACUGAAUCAUAUUAAAGCACAGACAUCAGACACAUCUCGGACGCUUUCCUCCAGUGUUGUCUUUUCUGUCAAAUGGAAUUUAUGCACUCUCUUUGGUGUCUUGUUGGGUUAUCCAGCAGCUUAUAGUUUCCCUGCUCAGAAGAGUUUUGACAAUUGUCUUUCUCUAACCCCACUGAGGGUAUUCACUGUUCAAGCCACAUUCUGUAAGAUAAGCAGUGAUUUCAAAGUCCAGUUUUAUUCUUUCAGUAUCCCAGAGCUCUUGUAUCCUAUCAUGAAAAUAGGUCUCGAUGCAUGGUGUGAAAAUCUCAAGGAUGCUUUUAAAGCGCAGAAAGAUUUUGCAGAUCUCUAUAUUACAAAUGAGGUUGUUGCUCUAGCAGCAGUGGCCUUGUAAACAUGAACUGUGAUCCUGAGGCAUGUCUCAGUUUUUCUUCAUUGCAUCCCACUAAACUUUUUGUUUUUUUGGAACUUGUUCAAAUUCAAGGAGCAUUUUGGGGAGUGUGACUCAUAGCUAACCAAAAGAAGUGGGGGGUUGUGUAGUUUGCUUUUUUAGCAUCUCUUAGACUACUGGAGCCAGGGGUAACCAAUGUUGGAUUUCAGCUCCUAUCGUGACAGUGGACUCUCACCCCCAAAUGUCUGGGGAGUCUAUACCCAGGCUAGGCAUAUAUGUAGGUGAUACAUAUAUAUGGCUGCAUUUUCAAAGCAUCCAGUCUUUUCUGCUUAUCCCAGCUGCAAAUAAUUCAGAUUUUUUUUUUAAUCGAUCCUAGGUCAGGGAUGGGGAAGUUGUGCUCUUCUGGUUAUCGUUGAACUCCACUUCCCAACAGUCCUAUAGUGAAGGAUGAUGGAAGAUAAAGUUUAAUAACAUCUAGAGGCAUUCAGGUUCCCCAUCCCUGUCCUACAUGAUCAAACAGCACUUAACGGGAAUAUGGGAUUUAAGGUUUCCAAAGCUGUAAAUCAAUUGUAUGACAUUCCCAUGCAGAACCUUCUGGUAUGUUGAUGCAUCAGGCAGCCACACUACUUUUUGUAUCCUUGUCUUUAAUUAAAAAUAAAAUGCAACAACCAAAGUAAGCAACACACAAAGUUAACCAGUCCAACAAACUCCUUUCGCUGUAAGAAAAUUUUAAAAUUCUGUAAUUUAAAAGCAUGUUUGAUACAAAAAUAGUUACUCUCUGUAGAUAACUUAGAUUGCCCAAGUACAAUAUCCGUAACAAGCAAAACUAGACAGAAGGCAUAUUCAUGGUAUAAAAUUGAUUAAAUAAGAUACCAUAGCUGUUGCCAUCACUACCAUUAGGAGAGGGAUCCAAGGAUCAUGCCGUCUCUGAAAGAAAGAUGAAGCCUAAUGAGAUAAACAAACUAUUAUAGCAUAUCUUCAUCAUUACUUCCCUUGAUUCAAAUAGUGUUACACUAAGCCUCUCUUACUAUUCCAACAAAGCCUAUGUUUCUGUUUGAUUACUGAAGAAAUACUUGCAUAGAAAGUGAUUUUUGAGAGUGGAAUAUUUUCCCCACUUUGCAAAACCAACAAAUGAGACUCGCGUAGAUGCUGAAUAUAGAUAAAUGUGCUUGUCAGUAUAAUUUCUGUACAUGGCGAGUGGCUUGGUAAAGUGAAUUGUAAUGUGGGAUGUUUCAUGGGCUGUACUACGAUGAGUCUCUUUUGCAAGAGGUCUAAAGUACGCCCCCUUCUUUUCUACAUCACUGAGGUGGGAGGGAUGAUGUUUAGAAUCUCCCAUACACCCCAACCUUUGGGUCCCUAAAUGUUGCUGGACUACAGUUCCCAUAAUUCCUAAUCAUUGGCCAUGCUGGGAUGGGAGUUGUAGUCCAGCAACAUCUGGGGAUCCAAAGGUUGGGAAAGGCUGCAUUACACUGUGAGCCAGUGUGUUGUAGGAGAAUUUUGGACUAGGAUCUGUCAGACCAGAGUUCAAAACCCUGCUCAGCCAUGAAACUUGCUGGGUGACCUUGGGCCAGUUGCUGUCUCUCAGCCUAACCUAUCUCACAGGGUUGUGAGGAUAAAAUGGAGAGGGGAAGAACCAUGUAUACCCCUUCAAGCUCAUUGGAGGAAAGGCGGGAUAUAAAUGUAUUGACAAAUAAAUGAAAUACUGGAGCUGUCCUAAUACACCAAUAUAAUGAACCUGAAAGAGCUGCACUUCCCUAUAGCUCUCUUUGAACCAAGAUGGUUGCCCUAACAUUACUGUUUGAGUUUGUGCUGAAAUCUUAUAAGACCACUGAUCAACUCAUAAUUUGACCUAAUAUGACAUGGGCUCAGACAUGCAUGUUUGGAGCAGUUAUAUAUUCAGCUGUGUGAUGAACAGCAGUUGCCACUUGCUGAGUACUUGCGCAAGUAAAGCCUCACAAGAGGGCUGUAAGAUCUGUACAACCAUCCUUCCCUGUUCUCAGUUCAGUGCCAUAAUGCUGAGAACACACUCACUGCCUAUUGUUGUUAAUCAUCAUCAUUAUUAUUUAGUUGUAUUUCUUACCCACCCUUCAUCAGAAGGUCCCAGGGUAGGUUUACGGCAUAUUUUUAUAUAUUUAACAAACUUUAUAUACCACUUGUUUUUUUAAAACCUUUAAGCAGAUUACAGUAAACAUUAAUAUCAUUAAAAACAAAAACAAGCACUUAAACACAUAAAACAUUUAAAACACUAUUUAAAAGCAAUAAACUAAAAAGAGAUUA